AAAUCAGCUUCAGCUAUUUGUUAAUUAAAGCUGAAAGUACAUAUUAAUGUCUUCUUUGUUGUAUAUGUACUUUCUUUCUUCAUUAACCAAACUCAUUCAAUUUCAACUUCACUUAUCAAAUAAUCACUUCUUGGGUUUUUCUUUUUACAUAUUUUUAAGUUUAAAAAUUUGAUCUUUUCGAUUUUCUUCUCAAAAUUGCUCAAAGUUUUUUACUUUUUUCCAUUGUUUUGGUGUUUUAGGGUUUGAAUGAUUCUUCCAAAAUUCUACGACGGUUUCGUGAUGUUACUAUAGACACUCAGAGAUAAAGAUUGUGUUUUUAUUAUUCAGGGUAUAUAUUGAGAGUCAUGAGCACCACUUCAGGUGGUGACGAUGGCCGCAAAGCGCUAAAGGGUAAGAAGAUGAUGUCAUUGUCAAGUGGGGAUGAUAGUCAAAUGCUAAAGCAUAAUCGGCCAUCAUCAUCAAGUGGAGAUGUUGACUGCAAGAGAAUAAAGCGUAGUGAGUCGGCAUUACUAGGCGAAGAAGAUGAUCAAGGACGUAACGUGGAAGGAGAAGGUAUAUUGAGAGGCAUGACUAGCACUUCAAGUGUAGAUAAUGGUCACAAAAAGAUAAAGCGUAGUUGGUCAUCAUCAUCAAGUUUGGAUGAUGACUGCAAAAGGAUAAAGCCUAGUCAGUCAUUAUUAUCAGGCGAGGAAGAUGAUGACGAAGAUGAUCAAGGAGGUGACUCAGGAGAAGGAGAAGAAGGUAGUCUUAAGAAAGGUACAUGGACAUCGGCAGAAGAUGAAAUUUUGGUAGAACAUGUUAAGAAAUACGGAUUGGGAAAUUGGAAUGCGGUGCAAAAGUAUUCAGGACUUGCUCGCUGUGGGAAAAGCUGUCGUCUACGAUGGGCAAAUCAUUUGAGACCAGAACUGAAAAAGGGUGAAUUUACUGAUGAAGAAAAAAAGAAAGUCCUUGAGCUACACUUUUCGAUGGGAAACAAAUGGGCUCGAAUGGCUGCAUUGAUGCCUGGGCGUACAGAUAAUGAGAUAAAGAACUAUUGGAACACGAGAGCUAAGAGACUACGACGAGUUGGCUUACCACUCUACCCUGAAGAGAUAUCCAAAAAUCCGUUAAAGGCCGAUCCAGAAAAUGGCGACGCAAAUGAAGCUAGCCAAUGUGAUGAAUCAGAAAACUACAAUAUACCUGUUGUGGAAUUUAAAGAUUACAAAUUCCACCCAGGUAUGUCACCACCAUGUUUUGAUAUUACCACCUUGAUCGAGCGUCCCUCAAAGCGGCCUCUUGAGUCCAAUAUGAUAUACAGUGAUUUGGGUGGUUGUAGCAGUAGUGCUGCUGUCCAAGAAGUAUUUGAUCCGUACGGAAAAUAUCCUAUGUUGGCUCCUCCAUGUGAUCCGAGUUUUUACACCGACGCUCAGUUUCAUGGAUACGAUAACAUUCUGGACGGUAUUCAUACCGUACCAAAUGUCUCGUCUUCUGAGCCCUUAUACGGGUCCAUGAGGUAUGAGCUCCCUUCACUCCAAUAUUUACAGACUCAACAAGGUAGCUGGUCUGUGUCGCCACUUACUUCACUUGAGUCUAUCGACACAAUGAUUCACUCUUCUCCUAAUGAGCCUUAUCAGUCAUCUCCGAAUGAGCCGUAUCAGUCAUCUCCGAAUGAGCCGUAUCAGUCAGAUCCAACUUCUCCAGAUAGCAAUCAUUUCCUUGAUACAAUAUUACACUCCAAUGAUGAUUCUUUUCAAGAGAAAAUUGAGAACACCGUGCCAAAUGAAGCCGACAAUAGUACACAGUGGAACAUACUAGAUGAUCAGUCUGGUGCUUCAUUUCUGCCAUCUGACUAUAAUGCUCAUCACAUUAACAUGUGGUCAAUUGAUCGAUCCCACUUGGUCGAAACCACUCAAGAUCAUGGUAAUUUGGAUCAAAUAGAUUUUGCGCGCCCAGAUGCUAUGCUUGAAUCCGAUUGGCGCAUGAAGAAUAAAUGAAGUGAAGUUCGUAGUGAAGAGUUUCAUUGUUACCACUUGUAAAUACAUAAUAAGUAAUGAUGAUUAGAGUUUCUUUUUCUUUUUAUCAGUCAGAGAUUUUAUAUGUUGAAUAUUAUGAAGAUGGUUUCUGCAUUAUAAAUAAUGUGUUUAUAUUGGAAGAAUGAUAUUGAAAUGUUACUUCAAACUUGCAUUAUAUAUGUAUGUACAUACUGUAUUAGACAAAACCUAUUGUACCUACCUUCAAAUUUAUGUUCAUAUUAUUAUUUGUA